AGUUCUUCUUUGCCGUGCAACUUCGAUUGCAACCGAAAUUUUCCAGACGGGAAAACACAACGAUUUGUUUGAUUUUAAUUAAUUAAUUGCAAACGCAGUGUCGUUUCAAUUUAAAUAACAGUAGAAACAUGUUGGUCAACGAGGCGAGACAAGUGCUAAGCCGCGCCAGCUCCUUGGCUGCACGUCACCAGCUGCGUGCUAUCAGCAACACAACGCAGGUGGAGCAACAGGCCAAGCCCAAAGAGGCUCUCGAACCCCAGAUCAAGAAAUUCGAGAUCUACCGCUGGAAUCCCGACAAUGCCGGCGAGAAGCCUUUCAUGCAGACCUAUGAGGUGAACAUGCGUGAAUGCGGCCCCAUGGUGUUGGAUGCUCUCAUCAAGAUCAAGAACGAAAUGGAUCCAACGCUGACAUUCCGUCGCUCAUGUCGCGAGGGCAUCUGCGGUUCCUGUGCCAUGAACAUUGGCGGCACCAACACUUUGGCCUGCAUCAGCAAGAUCGAUGCUACCAGCUCUAAGCCACUAAAGGUUUAUCCCUUGCCUCAUAUGUAUGUGGUGCGUGAUUUGGUGCCGGACAUGAAUAACUUCUAUGAGCAGUACAAGAACAUUCAGCCCUGGCUGCAGCGCAAAAAUGAAGCUGGCGAACAGAAGGGUAAGGCACAGUAUUUGCAGUCUGUUGAGGAUCGCUCCAAACUGGACGGUUUAUACGAGUGCAUCUUGUGCGCCUGCUGCUCCACCUCGUGCCCAUCGUACUGGUGGAAUGCGGAGAAGUACUUAGGUCCCGCUGUAUUGAUGCAGGCUUAUCGCUGGAUCAUUGAUUCGCGUGACGAGAACACUGUUGAGCGUCUCAGCAAGCUUAAGGAUCCCUUCAGCGUGUAUCGCUGUCACACCAUCAUGAACUGCACACGCACCUGUCCCAAGGGACUGAAUCCUGGUCGCGCCAUUGCCGAGAUCAAGAAAUUGCUGUCAGGUCUUGCCUCGAAGCCGGCGCCCAAGCUGGAGACUGCAGCGUUGCAUAAGUAAAUAGAAAGAUAGCAAUUGUUUCUUGACCUAUAGCAACCGCAACUUGUUUGUACAUCCUUUGACGCCCCUUCAACAACAAUAUUUUUGGCUUAUUGUUUCUAAUUUAUUUAAGCUUAAAGUAAAACGACAUUUGUUAAUACAGUUUGUAAAGGGAACCUUUGUAGUCGCAAGAACGUAAUUAACUAAAUGGUGUAUCUAUGAAA